AUGGAGUUGAAGUUAAUUAAUUCUAAUAAAAAAUACCCUCAAAUUGCGCAUAAGGGAUUUUUGUACAAUUUCCACAAAGAAUGCUCUGAUUUUCUUCGUUGGAGGUGUUCAAAAAACAGCUCUAUGAAGUGUCCAUGUUUUUUAAAAACUGAUUUAAACAUAACUAAGCCAACUUUGAUUUCUGUAAAUAACGAUCAUGUGCAUGAAUCAAAUGAAAAUUUUAUUUCUGUGACUAAAAUAAAAAAUCUAAUGGUGGAAAAAGCUAAAUUAACUAACGAUUUACCUGCUCAAAUUUUCGCGGAAGUGGUAUCAAACGUACCCCGAAGUAUACUCGCUGAACUGCCAAAAGAAGAGUAUCUAAAAAGAACAAUCAGAAACCACAGAUGUAAUGAUCCACCUAAACCUACUUGUAGAAACGAAAUAAUUAUUGAAGGAGAGUAUCGGGAAUAUGGAAAUCAAAGAUUUUUGCUGUAUGACAAUGGCCCAAAUUCUGAUGAUAGAAUUUUAAUGUUCGCCACUGAUAAUUAUUUGUCUUUAUUGGCCAAAUCUGAUACCUGGUUCGUCGACGGUAAUUUUGGCCUCGCCCCGGAAUUUUUCAAACAAUUAUACGUCAUUCGUGUACAAAUAAAUUCCGUAUUUGUGACAUCAGUAUACUGCAUUCUGCAGAAAAAAAGUCAAUCUACAUAUGAAAAAAUAUUUAGUAUUUUAUUAAAAGAAUGUCAAGAUCAUGACUUGUACCCAGAUCCGAAAUUUUUACAUUUAGAUUUUGAAUUAGCAGUCAUAAAUGCUGCAAAAAAUAUUUUUGGAACUCAUAUUACGAUUAACGGAUGUUUUUAUCAUUUGUGUCAAUCGACACAUAGAAAAAUUCAGAAACUUGGUUUGUCUGGUAUUUAUAAAGAAGAUAAUAAUUUUCUAAAAUAUUGCGGCAUGAUAGAUGGUUUAGCUUUCCUACCACAGGAUAAAGUACUGGACGGAAUGACAUGUCUAAAAGAAAUAAUGCCUCCAGAUGCAGAAGAUCUUUUAACUUAUUUUGAUUCUUAUUAUGUAAAUGGUACCUAUAGGCGUGUAGGUUCAGCUUCUACCUUGCAUUUUCGAAAAAUUCCACCUAUAUUUUCACCUUCCUCGUGGAAUGUACAUAAUGCCACUUUAGUAGGGGGGCAUCGAACUAAUAAUAUGACAGAAGGAUGGAAUAACCGAUUUUCAAAACUUUGUGGACAUAAGCAUCCAACUAUUUGGAAAUUAAUUAAAAAAAUAAAAAUGGAAAUUUCCGCAGAUGAAGCAAAAUUAGCUUUAGAUGCUGUAGGAGAUUCGAAAACUGUUAAAAAACUAGGGCAAACUCGGACAGUAGAAAAACGUCUGCAAAAUUUAUGUAUACAAAUACAAGCAGGCAAUAUCGGUGUAUUAGAUUUCUUAACAGCUGUAAGCCAUAAUAUAAGGAAGAGGUGUACCUAAUUAUAAUAUUACAUUUUAUAGCAUUAUUAUUAUAAUUAUAUAGGUACCUUAAAUGUAUUUAUUAUUGACUAUUUGACUUAUUUAUUAUUGACUAUUUAUUACUGUAUUACAUUUUAUUAUUUUAUUAUAUGACUUUUUAUGUGACUUUAAUGUAUUUUUCAAUACAAUUUUACCAUAUUUAUUAUUUAUACUUAAAUUUUGAUAUAUUUUCAUUCAUUUUUAC